AUGUUAAUCGUUCAUCAUUUUGCUGUUUCACAAUCGGAACAAGUUGUUUGGCUAUGUGAAGAACUUGAAAUCCCCUAUGAACUUGUUCGUUAUGAUCGUGAUCCUGAAACACGUCUUACUACAGAAGAAUACAAAGCAUUUCAUCCAUUUGGAACAGCUCCUAUUAUUGUUGAUGGAGAUGUAUUAUUGGUAGAAUCAGGUGCUAUUGUUGAUUAUAUUAUUACUGUAUAUGAACAUAAAUUUUCUCUACCAAAACCAAUUGAUUUGAAUCGACAUUGUAUUAUUAUAGAAUUGAUUGAUGGUUAUCCAUUUUUAGUAUGUAAUAUAAAAAAAAUUGAUAAACCAGAAAAAAUUUAUGUUGAAUUAAUGUCAAUUAUAGUUCGUCUUGCAUCUUAUGGACUUAUACAUUCAGAUUUUAAUGAAUUUAAUUUAAUGAUAAAUGAUAAUGGUCGUGUAACAAUGAUUGAUUUUCCACGAAUGGUUUCAAUAUCACAUAUAAACGCUGAAUAUUAUUUUGAUCGUGAUUUUGAAACUGAUUCGUAUCCGAAAUUUGUCGAUAUUAAAAAUAAACGUGUAAUAAUAACUGGAGCAUCACGUGGUAUAGGUGAAGAAUUGGCUUAUGAGUAUGCACGUUAUAAUUGUCGUCUUAUAUUAGCUGCACGUAGUAUUGAUAUAUUAAAAAAUCAAGUUGCUAAAAAAUGUCUUUCAUUAGGUGCAACACAAGUUGAAUGUAUUCAAUUUGAUCCAUCAAGUGAACUUGCAUGUAUUGAACUAAUUAAUAAAACAAUUGAAUAUUAUCAAGGUAUUGAUAUACUUGUACUUAAUCAUACUACAUCAGUUUAUGAACCAUUUUUUAAAUGUGAUAUUAAGACAAAUAUUGAAAAUAUGAAAAAAGUGUUUGAUGUAAAUUUUUUUGGAUACUUUCAAACGACGAUGGCAGCUCUUCCUCAUUUAGCUCAAAAUGGAACAUAUGAACAACCAUCUCACAUAAUUGCAAUGUCAUCAUUAACUGGUACUUGUCCAAUACCUCAAACAACUAUAUAUGGUACAACAAAACAUGCUAUUCAAGGUUUCUUUUUGAAUCUUGCUCGUGAACUUCGUAUUUCUGAAUUAUAUCAAAAUCGUGUUACAGCAACUGUAGCUAUUCUUGGAUUAAUUGCUACUGAAUCUGCACUUAGUACAAUUGACAAAAGUCUUCAUUUUUUAGCGGUUGAUGUACAUAAAACUGCUCAAGCAAUUAUAGCUGCUGGUGUUUAUGGACAAACUCGUUUAUUUUAUCCAAAUUUUUUUGCAAUUAUUCCACCACUUUAUUACAUAUUCUCUCCUUUAUAUGAGCUUUUAGCUCGCUUAACCGAUUGA